AUGGUCAUCAUGGUCUGGCUCCUCUUCCUGGUGGUGGUCCUGGUCCUGGUCCUGGUCCUGGUCCUGGUCGUCCUAGUCCUGGUGGUUCUAGUCCUGGUGGCCCUGGCCCUGGUGGUCUUCGUCUUAGAGCUCGGUCUGGUCUUUGCUGCCAUUGCCUUUUCAGCUAUGUAUCUCUCGCAGUGCCGCAAUCCGUACUCGUGGUACUGGACGGGUCGUGGGUUGAGACCACUGCCGUCAUCGGUGGAGCUGGAUGAUAAGGUUGCAAAGCUGGCUUCGUUCAAGGAGAGGUCAAAGGCGCAGGAAGAUGGCAAGGGCAAGGCUCAGCUGUGUGUCUCGUUCAUUGCCUCGCAUCGGAGACACAAUCAGGGCUAUCUCAUCCACUCGCUCAACUCACUCGUCCGCAACGCUGCCGACGGCGUGCUGGACAAGACCGAUGUGUUCUACAACGUGCUUGAUGCCGAGCUGUGCAAGGACAACCAGCACGCCGACAUUGUGGCCGAACGCAGCCCGGUCAUGGUCUUCCGUCCGCCGGUUUACGACGAGCUCGAGUGGGAGUCAGAGAGCAUCGAGUCCGGCUCGCCCAAGCCAGCGGGCCUCAACUUUGACCUCAAGAAGGCGCAGGCCAACGUGGCGCACCUGCGCAAGGACCAGUGCCGGUCUGCGUUCCGGCUGCAGACGCUCGACUACGCGUACUCGCUCUACGCCAACUCGCACUGGUGCAAGUACACGCUGGCGAUCGAAGACGACGCCUUUGCCGCGCCACGAUGGGACGUCAAGGCGCUGGCGGUGGCGUACGAGCUCGAGGGCCGCGACCCGCAGUGGCUCUCGGCCAAGCUGUACUACCCGUCGAACUGGGGCGCAGAAGACGCGCCAUUCAUCCUUGCUGUUGCAUCGCAGAUCGGCGUGGCGUACGCGUUGGCGGCCCGGUUCUGGCUGGCGCGGACGAGGCGGGUGACCUUUCGGCUUUGGUCGCUCCCGUUCCUCUUCCUCUUCCUUUGGGGCGGCGCCGUCGGCUUUGGUGUCAUCCGCCUCUCCUCCAAGCAGGCCAUCUUCCCGCUCCCGCAAGGCACGUAUCCGAUCCGCAACGGAAUGGUGACGACAGCAUACCUGUUCAACAACGCCAACGCCGAGUCAGUCAUCAAGUACUGGCGGGUGACGGCGCACGACGGCGAGGCCAAAGACACGGCUUACAACUCGUACCUGCACACGCCGCUUGCCGACCCGUACAACACCUACAUGCACGUCCCGCAUCUCUUCCAGCACGUCGGCUUCCACUCGGCCACGCAGCACGCCAUCUCCGAGGCCGAGUACCGGACCCGCAAGAUGUCCAACGUGUUUGACGGCGAGUUUGUCCUGUGA